AUGAAGCUCAAUAACGAGACGGUCACGAUGGAGUUGAAAAAUGGGACCGUCAUUCAUGGGACUAUCACAUCCGUGGAUCCAGCGAUGACAACCCAUCUUAAAUCUGUAAAGAUGACACUCCGUUCUUCUCCCCCCGGCACACCUCCUAUCAGUCUCGACUCCAUAGCGAUAAGAGGAAACAACAUCCGAUAUUACGUUUUACCCGAUUCUCUUCCUCUCGAUACUUUGCUGGUGGAUGACGCGCCUAGGGCAAAGAAACGGAAGGAAGGUGGUGGUCCUGUUGCGAGGGGUGCGAGAGGACGGGGCGCGCCAAGAGGUGGAGGAGGAAGAGGCGGAGGCGGAGGCGGUGGGCGAGGGGGACCAAGGGGCAGAGGCUUCUGA